UCUGGUCUUCCUAGAUUCUUGCAAAUUUUUGCAAAGCUCUUUAGAUGCUCUGACUAAGAAUCAGAUGAAUAAAGGAUUAGACACAUUUGUUUUCUUGAAAGAGCAGUUCCCACAGCAUGUUGGUAUAAUGACUCGAAAGCUUCCUUUUCCUUAUGAGUACAUGGAUUCAUGGGAAAAAUUAAAUGACACACAGUUGCCACCUAAAGAAUCCUUCUACAGUUCCUUGAGUGAUGAAGGCAUUACUGAUGAAGACUAUGUCUUUGCCCAUGAAUUGUGGCAUACAUUCGCAUGCAACACAAUGUCUGACUUUACACGGUUGUAUGUGGUUGUAGACACACUGUUGUUGGCUGAUAUUGUCGAAACAUUCAGAACUGGAUGUUUAGCAGAUUAUGGACUUGACAUCUGUCACUACUAUUCCAUGCCUGGGUUUUGUAUUGAUGCAGCACUGAAAGUCACCGGGGUCAAGCUUGAUCUCUUCACUGAUGUAGAUAGUUACAAUUUUGUGGAAAAUUCCAUUCGGGGAGGCGUGUCUGUCAUCGGUAAGAAAUUUGCCGAAAGCAACAAUGAAUACAUGUCUAAUUAUAACCCAGAAAAAGAGGCCUCAGUGCUUCUGUACAUGGACUUUAACAGUCUUUAUUCUGGAGUUAUGCUGGAACCCCUACCUAUUGGUAACUAUCAGUUCAUGUCAGCACAAGAUUAUGAAACUAUUGAUUGGGUUACAAUAGAUACCCAAGGGGAUACAGGUUACAUUUUGGAAGUGGACUUGCACUAUCCUAAACAUUUACACAAACUUCAUGCUGCUUUCCCCAUGGCUCCUACCCAUGACAACAUUCCCUUUGAGGACUUUUCACCUUAUCACAAAGAGUUACUCAGCCAGUUCUAUACCUCCCAGUGUCAAAAACCCUCAGGCAAGAAAUUGUUUGCUACUUUAAAAGAUCGCUUGAACUAUGUGGUUCAUUUCAAAACUUUGCAACUGUAUUUGAGACAUGGGCUAGUCCUCCAACACAUUCAUAGAGUGUUAAAGUUCAAGCAAGGUCCCUGGUUGAAACCCUAUGUUCAGUUAAAUUUGGAAAGUCGCAAACACGCAACUGAUGCCUGUGACAAGGACCGAUAUAAACUUAUGAAUAAUUGUGUGUUUGGCAGGUUCUGUAUGAAUAAACGCAAGCGGAAAUCCGUGCACUUAGUGACCCAAAGACAGCAAUUUCGCAGUUAUGUAGCUAAAACCAAUUUCAAGCAGGUGAAAGUGUUUUCAGAAGAUGUUGUGUCCGUGGAAAUGGAGCAAGUGUCUGUCCUUUUAGAUCAACCUAUCGCUGUUGGUUUCAGUAUUUUGGAUUUAGCCAAAUUUCAAAUCCUUUCUUUCUAUUAUGACGUCAUGCAACAGCAAUAUGGACCAGAACGAUUGGACUUGCUCAUGACAGACACAGACAGUCUCUUUUUGCACAUUCAUGCCCCUCCACACGAGACUUUGCUUGAUCCCUACAUAUUCAUGAAGCAAAAUCUGCAUUUGUUUGAUACUUCCAAUUAUGAUCAGAACGAUCCUAAAGGAUUGUAUUCGAAUGAAAACAAAAAAGUCACAGGAAAGAUGAAGGAUGAAGCUGCAGGAAAGAUCAUUUUAGAGUUUGUAGGGUUGAAAAGCAAAAUGUAUUCCUUUUUGAUACAAUCAGAUGAGAACACUGUAUCAAACCAAAAGACAGCUAAAGGAAUAAAGAAAUCUGUCAUUGCUAAGCAAUUGACCCAUAAGAAAUACAAAGACAGUCUCCUGGAGAGGAAACCUUUUUAUUGUUCCUAUUCACUCAUUCGCUCUCACAAUAACACUUUAUACACUGAGUCAUUAAGCAAAAUAGCAUUAUCCCCCUUAGAUGAUAAACGUUAUGUACUAGAGGAUGGUAUAUAUAGUUUACCCUAUGGGUAUUCACCAGUCUAAGAGUAUGUGGUAAUGCUGUUCAAGUUCCACAUUUUAGAGAUGGGUGAUUGAUACAGCAACAUGAGUACCACCGGAUUCAUUUACCAGUUAAGACGAAACGGCGGCAAUGACAUACUGUAUUAUGAAGGUAGAAGCUUCCGAAGAAGCCAUGAGGAUGCCAUGCAGGCAGGUUUACAGCGUGCAAGAAGAAUGUUCCAUCAAGACGAGAAUCAUCAAACACCCAACUAUUCAGUAACUGUGCGUGAAAUUCACAUCAACAGGAGACAAAUAACCAAUCGCUUACAGCUGCGUCGAAACAAAAGACUUUUCGUAGGCAUCUUGGAAACUCACUAUCUCAAUGAACUCCAGAGACUUGUUCGGAAGUUAUGUUGUGAUAAUUGUUAUGGAUGUGAAGUUAAUCAUCCAUCGCAAGUACAUCACCAGUGUCUCAUGAUGAACAGUGACGAGUGUAUUACUCAAUACUUUGAUCGUGCAGUGAAUGAGCUGCCCCUUCAUACCAUCUUGGAAAAAGCCAAGCAACAGAGGGUAAGCCUUGGGCUAGAGUUUCAGGAUCAGCACACUGUGCAUUUCAAUGACACCGAUUAUAUGCAUAGUCAUUUCUUCUGCAAUGACAGAAAAGAAAGACUUGAGAUGCAGCUCAGAGUCCUUAUGAACAUGGAAGAUAGUAAUAACUAAAAGUCGCAUGUGUUAGCAUUAUUUUAUUGCUUUACAAUCUG